AUGGGCGGGUGCUUCUCCGGAGACGUCCGCGGCGGCAUGGAGGCCGUCGGCGUGGGCGGCGGCGGGCGGAGCCACGGGGGCCCGGCGGCGGCGCAGCAGCAGGGCGGGCCCAACGACGCCGUCGACCACUUCUUCCAGGCGCGCGGCCUGCGCGGCCUCUACACGCCCGUCGAGCUAUCGUUUUCGGCAACGAAGCUACGGAAUAUGGACGCAUUUUCAAAGAGUGAUCCUAUGUUAGUAGUCUACACCAACAUAAAUGGAAAACUAGAGGAGAUUGGCCGUACUGAAGUGAUUUUAAAUUCACUGGAGCCCUCAUGGAUCACAAAGGCUACAAUGUCUUACCAAUUUGAGAUCGUGCAACCACUUAUAUUCAGGAUAUAUGAUGUUGACACAAAGUACCACCACACUCCUGUGAAGAUGUUGAACUUGUCUCACCAAGAUUUUCUGGGGGAAGCAUGCUGCAACUUAUCAGAGAUUGUCACAAAAUUUAACCAUAGCCUGACAUUGAAGCUUCGAAGUGAUUGUGGACAUGGUCUUCAUGGAACAAUAACAGUACAUGCUGAAGAAAGUGACUCCUCUAGAACGGCAAUUGAGAUGACGCUGCAUUGCCUGAACUUGGAAAACAAAGAUGUGUUCUCCAAAAGUGACCCUUUCCUAAGAAUAUCGAAACUGGUAGAAACUGCUGGUCCCAUUCCUAUCUGCAAAACAGAAGUAGUGACUAACAACUUAAACCCUGUUUGGAGGCCAAUCACUUUAACAUCACAGCAGUAUGGAAGCAAGGAUAACCCACUGCUAGUUGAGUGUUUUGAUUUUGAUUCCAGUGGUGACCAUGAACUGAUAGGGGCAUUCCAGACAACUAUUACUCAGCUUGAAAAUCUAUAUACUUCCAAGUCUGGAGCAAAUUUUUACAGCCACAAGGGACAAAGAAAGAUGAAAGGACAAUUGUUUGUGGAUAAGUUGCAGGAAAAAAUCCAGCAUACUUUCUUGGACUAUAUAUCCAGCGGAUUUGAGCUCAAUUUUAUGGUGGCUGUAGAUUUUACUGCUUCAAAUGGUGACCCCCGUGUACCUCAGUCCUUGCACUACAUUGACCCCUCUGGCAGACCUAAUUCAUACCAACAGGCAAUACUGGGGGUUGGCGAAGUUCUGCAGUUUUAUGACACUGAUAGGCGAUUUCCUGCAUGGGGUUUUGGAGCAAAGACACAGGGUCAUGUAUCACACUGUUUUAACUUGAAUACAGCUACAAAUGACUGUGAGGUUGUUGGAGUUGAAGGCAUCAUGUCAGCAUACACCUCUUCUCUUUACAGUGUUUCCCUUGCUGGACCAACUAUGUUUGGGCCUGUUAUCAACAAAGCUGCAGAAAUUGCUACUCAUUCCCUUCAAUACUCAAACAACAAAUAUUUCGUCCUACUCAUUAUCACGGAUGGGGUUCUGACUGAUAUUCAAGAAACAAAAGAUUGCAUUGUCAGGGCAUCAGACUUGCCAUUGUCGAUUCUCAUUGUUGGCGUUGGUAAUGCUGAUUUCAAACAAAUGGAGAUCCUUGACGCUGACAACGGUAAGCGACUGGAGAGCUCGACCGGGAGGAUCGCGACACGCGACAUCGUCCAGUUUGUCCCCAUGAGGGAAGUCCAAGGUGGCCCGAUCUCCGUUGUGCAAUCUCUUCUGGAGGAGCUGCCCGGCCAGUUCUUGCAGUACAUGCGCACCCGGGGGAUCAAGCCGCAGCAGCAGGCUCCCGCUCCUCCAGGGUACGCUUCAGCACCCGUGUACCCUCCACAGCAGUGACCCCCCCCCCCCCCCCCCCCCCCCCCCGCGUGCUCUGCGCACGAAGCCGGGUCCUUCAACUGAAGAAGUGUAGAUUCCGCAGAUGCCCCUUGCUAGCCUAGUAGUGCUCUUGUUCAUAGAAUGUCUGCUCUGUUUAAGGCCUGCCUGGUCGCGCUUGGUGCCUGGAAUGCAGUUGAAUCCACGACCCUAGUUCAAGCAGUUAGAUACUGGCGAACCUGAGAGCGAUACUAACUGAUUUUGCACCAAGUAUCACGCCAACUUUAUCAUCCCUUGCUUUCAUGUUCCUCACCUUGUUUUUUCAUGUUCCUCUCCUUGUUUUGAGGUUUGGUAAGCUACAAGUGGAAUAGAUUAGCUGGGGGUUUGCACUC